AUGAACCACUUUGCAUCAGUUUGCCGCAAUGGCAAACCAGUCAAAUCUGUCAGCGAUGAUAAUGCCACAUCACUCCCUAGUGCAGACACCUCGCAGAACCCUGUUGACACGAUCCAUGAGUAUAUGUUCGCAGUGUCAAACACCAAGCCGCCAACACAUGUAGGUAUAACCAUCGAUGGCAUACGCUGUUCUAUGAUUAUCGACUCGGGAUGUUCGCGAAACAUCAUCGAUGAGCCUACCUACAAGAAACUGAACGUGAGCCUUAAGAAAUCUUCUAUCCGCCUCUUCCCGUAUGGUUCGAAAACACCCUUGAGUGUCCUAGGUGUGUUUACCGGUAGCCUCGAGUCACAGAGAAAAACCACUGCUGCAGAAAUAUAUGUGGUGAAGGGCUCAUAUGGAUGUCUUCUUGGGCGUAGCACUGCUGAAGAUCUCAAUUUGAUCAUCAUCAACGACACCGCCAAUGCUGUCAAUGCAGAAAAUGACUAUACAUCUGCAUACCCAAACCUAUGGUCGGGGGUUGGGAAGCUGAAAGACAAGAAGGUGAAACUCAAUAUUGACACCUCAGUUCCUCCAGUCGCACAACGGUUUCGCAGUACACCAUUUCAUCUGCGAAAACAGAUUGAGAAACAGCUUGCUGAGCUACAGGACGCCGACAUAAUCGAGGAUGCUACUGGGCCGACUCCAUGGGUUUCGCCGAUUGUAGCCGUUCCCAAGCCAAAUGAUCCACAGAAUGUUCGGAUUUGUGUGGACAUGAGGGCGGCUAAUAAGGCUGUCAUCAGAGAGCGUCAUCUUACACCUACAAUGGAUGAAAUCAUCACUGAGUUGAACGGGUCCAAGGUAUUUUCUAAGUUGGAUCUAAAAUCUGGAUACCAUCAGCUCGAGCUUGAACCUGAGAGCAGAUACAUAACCACGUUUGCAACGCAUGUUGGACUGAAGCGCUACAAGAGGCUGAAUUUCGGCAUAUCCUCUGCGAGUGAAGUUUUUCAGAACGCCAUUCGUCAGACAUUAGAAGGCAUACCAGGAGUCCUCAAUGUGUCUGAUGAUAUUCUUGUACAUGCACCUGAUGAAGCGUCACACAAUGAGAGGCUGAAUACACUCUUUCAACGUCUGCAAGAGCAAGGACUGACCCUGAACACGCAGAAAUGCCAAUUCAACAAGACAACGAUUUCUUUCUUUGGCCUUGUAUUCUCAGCAGAAGGAGCGUCGCCUGAUUCUGAUAAGGUUGACGCUAUCCACCAGGCUGCACGUCCGCAAAAUGCCCAGGAAGUGAGAAGUCUUCUUGGCAUGGCCAGUUAUAGCUCGCGUUUUAUUCCCAAUCUCGCGACAAUCACUGCACCUCUCCGUAGCCUCAUGACAAAAGGAGUGAAAUUUGAAUGGAAUCAAGAGCAUGAAGCAGCGUUGAAAGCGUUGAAGGAUUCCAUAUCAAAAAGUGCAGUAUCAUCAUACUUUGACACAGCCAAGCGUACAAUUCUGUAUGUCGACGCCAGCCCAGUGGGACUGGGAGCCAUGUUGACCCAAGAGGGAAGUACAAUCAUAUAUGCUAGUCGUUCCCUUACACCAACAGAACAAAGAUACAGCCAGAUAGAGAGAGAAGCUCUUGGUAUUGCUUGGGGUGUUCAUCGUCUUCACACAUAUCUUUUUGGUCGGAACUUCACGGUGGUCACCGACCACAAGCCUCUGAUCCCUAUCUUUGGAAAGCCAAAGAUUGUACCAUCAGCACGCAUUGCAAACUGGAUGUUGAAACUCCAGCACUACGACAUGGAUGUAAUCCACGCCCCUGGAAAGACAAACCCAGCUGACUACAUUUCACGGCAUCCCUGUAGUGAUAGCGCUAGUACACCAAUGCCAGAUGUCGAAGCCUACAUCAACUUUGUGGCUCAUCAUGCAGCUCCAAAAACCGCCAGUCUCGACGACAUACGAUCAGAAACAGCCCGCGAUUCUGCAUUACAAGCUACGAUCGAAGCCUAUCGCAGUGGAAAAUGGGAGAAUCUCAAAGGCUCUCAUCGCGCUAUGUGGAAUGUUCGCAAUGAAAUUGCAGUCACUGAAGAUGACAUUGUGCUGAGGGAUAAGCGUAUUGUGAUACCAGAAGCCCUUCAUAAGCGUAUCAUCGAUAUCGCACACGAGAGUCACCCAGGUAUUGUGCGUACGAAAGCAUUGCUCCGCUCAAAGGUUUGGUUUGAAUCGCUUGAUAGUAAAGUGGAAUCACUUGUGAAAGAUUGCCAUGUAUGCCAAACCGUACGCGAUAUCCGUACGCCUCUGGAGCCCCUCAAGAUGUCACAAAUGCCACCCGGUCCUUGGCAGAAUUUGAGCAUUGAUUUCUGUGGUCCGUUACCCACAGGAGAGUAUUUGAUGGUACUCAUUGAUGAGUUUUCGAGAUACCCAGUUGUAGAGGUUGUAGGUUCAGUGUCCGCUAGAGCUGUGAUACCCGUUCUUGAUAAAGUGUUGUCUGUAUUUGGAUUUCCGAAAGUCCUCAAGAGCGAUAAUGGAAGCCCAUUCAAUUCGAGUUCAUUCGCCGAUUACGCGUCUCACUGCGGAUUUCAGCAUCGUCGAAUCACUCCUCACUGGCCUCGAGCUAAUGCUCAAGCAGAAGCAUUUAACAAACCACUCAUCACAGCCGUACGCGCUGCACACCUCGAAGGAAAGAAUAGGAAACAACAGCUGUACAUAUACCUACGACAAUAUCGUGCCACACCACACUCUUCAACGCGAGUAAGCCCAUUUCGAUUGAUGUUUAAUCGAGAACCGGUUACGCGCCUCCCAGAAGUAGAUGUUGCUCAUGACAACACAUCAUCAAUGGUCAACGAUGAAAUUGCUGCCAGUCACUCGAACGCGAUAGCGAAUGAUCAUGUAGCGAAAGCAAAGCAAAAAUCCUACGCUGACAAGCGACUGCACACAGUGUAA